UCAAACAACAUGGUCAUUUACAUCGUAGAAAAAGAUUGUAGCCGACAUUGUGUAAUACGCCUGCCACGGACGUUUACAUGUAACCAGACUUCUGCUCCAGUGAUUUGUUGAACAUAUCAUACGUCACUCUCUCAAAGAUCGGAACCGGAGGUGGUCAUUGGAAAUAUUGCACCACGUUAGGUGUACCCAACCAUGGAGUCAACGGAUAAGAACGAAGCUAUAAAGCUCUUUGUGGGGAACCUGGCUUUGGACACCUCUCAGGAGGACCUGACACAGCUCUUUGGGCCAUAUGGACAGGUGGUCACCUGCAGUGUACUCCGGCAGUUUGCCUUCAUCCAUCUUCAGGGAGAUGGUGCUGCUGAUCUAGCCAUAAGGGAACUGAAUGGACGGGAGUUCCGUGGCCGCAACCUGGUGGUUGAAGAGUCCCGCGGAAGGCCCAUGCAUUCCACCAAGGUCUUUGUGGGGAAUCUCAGUGCUAUGUGUUCUGCUGAGGACCUGCAAGAGCUCUUUCAGACCUUUGGGAAAGUUCUGGAGUGUGAUAAGGUCAAAGCGAGGCUCUCCUCCUCUGCGGGUUAUGCCUUUGUACACAUGGAGCGGAAGGAGGAUGCAGUGCAGGCUAUUGAGGCUCUCCAUGGGACCACCUUCAAAGGCCGACCACUCUCUGUGGAGCUCUCCAAUGUGCAGCCCAGUAAUCCCACCACGACUACAGCAAAGGCCCCCAUCAUGAGUCACUAUGCCACUGAAAGCCCCUCCAUCAACCCUCAUAUGGAGCAUCACCAGAGUCAGGCUGCUGUAUUGGCUGCUGCCGUUGCUGCAGCUGCAGGUCUGCCUCUUCAGGUGCAGCAGAGCUUGCACAACUCUGUCUACAACACAACAAGCUUUGAUCCCACAUACGCUGCGCUAAAGGGCAUGACGGCAGCCAGCGCCACAGAUGGUACUCCAGUGAGCCCUGCGGUCUACGGUGCCCUCGCCAGCCAGGUGUACGGCUCUGUAGCGGAUCAGGUAUACGACUCUAUAGCCAACCAGGCCGCCAGCUAUCAGAAUUCAGCCACAUCGGACGCAGAAGGCUACAGUAACCAGUAUGACCCCACAGCUGGAGAGGCACCGUCAGCCCAGGCUGCUGUCAACCCGGCCUAUGGCGGAGCCUCGGCCCUCUACAACGCCAGCUCAGCCUAUGGCUCCAUGGGGGGUGCAGAACCCACUGCCCAGGCCAUCUUUGAGGCAGCACGGGCCCGCUUCUUCCAGCAGGGCCAGCAGGUUCUAGCGGAGCAGCAGAUGGGGACCAAGUCAGGGGACAGGGACCGCAGCCCAGUACGCCGCUCCACCCCACUGCUGCCUGACCCUGUUCCCCAGCCCUUCCCCCAGCCACGCCCCAAACGUCGCGCCCUCCUCCCAACGCCACCCGGCCGACCAGAGGACCCUGCUGCUGAUAGAGACCCCAUUGCCAGAUGCUAUGCAGAGUACUAUCAGCAGGUCCAGCAGUACCAACAGUACCAGCAGUACCAACAACAGUACCAGCAGUACCAAUAUGGCUACCCUCCUCCAGCCCCGACCCAGAUGCCCCCCACAAUGCCCAACUACCAGAUGCCAAUGCAGGCCCCGCCACCGACAGAGGCCCACACCCUGGAAGCGCCUGCUACCUACGCCCCAGCUAGAGCGUAUGAUCCGCCUCCAUCACACAAGGAGCCCCUCCUCCGCCGCCCUGACUACUCCCACAUGCCAGAGCACCGAUAACCCUUUACAUUGCAGUGUGAAUGUCGUGUGUGUGUGAAUGUGUGGGUUUUGAGUGAUGUAGUUGUGGUCCAAAUGUGCAUCACUGCAAGUUUGCCCAUUUAUAAUUCCCCUGUUUUGCAUCUUCUCUUUUCUAAACACAAUUCUGACUAGUUGAUUUUUCACUUUAUAGUAUGCCUGGUUUUGCUUUGAUAGUAAUGCUGCCCCAUAACGCAGUAAUCUAUAUUGUGAAGUCGUUAUGGUUUUAAGGAAGUGUAUGGUUGUGAUGCGUACUGGGGGCUCUGUAAUGACAGCUCUUCCUUACACAUCCCCGUCCCAUAAUCUGUCAAAUAUGCGAGAAUAUGAAUCCAUACCAGAGGAGUGCCUUGUUAAAAGCCUAGUUGAAAUAUAUUGUGUAAAAUAAAUGUGUAUAUUUUUGAGCGAUGAAGGAAGCACCCAAAUCGAUCCAUACAUUUUUUUUAAAUCAGAGCCUUGCCUCUGUCCUCAAGGUGACUUUAGCUCAUCCAAAUUAGCCAUUAGUUCACAUACACUACAUGUCCAAAAGUAUAUGGACAGCCCUUCAAAUUAGUGGAGUCAGCUAUUUUAGCCACACCCGUUGUGGACAGGUGUAUAGAAUAGCUCACACAAUGGCUCAGUCGCGAAGUGGUUGUCAACGCAAGCUCACCGAAUAGGACUGCCGAGUGCUGAAGUGCGUAAAAAUCAUCUGUCCUCGGUUGCUACACCCACUACCGAGUUCCAAACUGCCUCAGGAAGCAACGUCAGCACAAUAACUGUUUCUUCAGGAGCUUCAUGAAAUGGGUUUCCAUGGCCGAGCAGCCGCACGCACACAUAAGAUCACCAUGCGCAAUUCCAAGCGUUGGCUUGAGUGGUGUAAAGCUCACCGCCAUUGGACUCUGGAGCAGUGGAAACACGUCUGGAGUGAUGAAUCAGGCUUCACCAUCUGGCAGUCCGACGGACAAAUCUGGGUUUGGCGGAUACCAGGGGAACGCUACUUGCUCAAAUGGUGGAGGAGGAAUAAUAGUCUGGGGCUGUUUUUCAUGGUUCCGGCUAGGUCCCUUAUUUCCAGUGACAUCUUAAAGCUACAGCAUACAAUGACAUUCUAGAUUAUUCUGUGCUUCCAACUUUGUGGCAAAAGUUUGGGGAAGGCCUUUUCUUGUUUCAGCAUGACAAAGCUCCGUGUGCACAAAGCAAGGUCCAUACAGUAAUGGUUUGUCGAGAUCAAUUCUGUGCUUCCAACUUUGUGGCAAUAGUUUGGGUAAGGCCCUUUCCUGUUUCAGCAUGACAAAGCUCCCUGUGCACAAAGCGAGUUCCAUACAGUAAUGGUCUGUCAAGAUCGGUGUGGAAGAACUUGGCCUGCCCAGAGCCCUGACCUUAACCCAUCCCUUUGGGAUGUUGGCCUAAUCGCCCAACAUCAGUGCCCGACCUCACUAAUGUCUUGUGGCUGAAUAGAAGCAACAUCUACUGGAAAUCCUUCCCAGAAGUGUGGAGGCUGUCAUAGCAGCAAAGGGGGGACCAACUCUAUAUUAAUACCCAUGAUUUUGGGUAUCCACAUACUUUUGGCCAUGUAGUGUAUAUAGUUUAGAGCUUAAUUUUUCCAUUGGCCAGAUUUUGUUUUUUAAAAUUUAUAUUGCCUUCAUCGAAGACCUUGAUAUGAAAAGUCACUGUUCCAGUAUGUUCCAGCAUAUGUAGAUCUUUGGUUAAUAAAAUGGUUAAAGGUUUUAGAGCUUGUGUUUAGAAAAAAAAAUGGAAUAAAAUGGAAAGCAAGGGGCAAAGUAUCUUACAUGUAGGCUAAUUUGGACAUGAGGACCAGUGUGACUGUAUGUGUGGACACUUGUGAACAUUCUAGGGGAUCAAUUUAAGCAUGAUGCCUUCACUUUUUAUAACAAUCACAGGAAUACACAUUCACACCUCAGUCAUCAAACUUUCUCUCCAUAAUGUCUGGGGCUUUGGGAGCGAGAUCCAGGCGCUUUGCUGCAACAACAUUACACGUCUGCUGGAGUGCAAAACUCACUUUUCUCUGGCCUCUGGGAAUGUAGUCCUUCCCCACGUCUCACAUGACCUCCCGUUGGAACUGAUCAAAUGUAUCAGAUAGAAAUCCAACCAAGCAAACCACUAAGAUUAGACAGGCUAGCUUUAAACUCGCAUUUUCUGGGGAACUCGUUUUUUUAUUUUCAGACAGUGAUGCAUGAAUGCUAUCUAUUAUUAUACCAUGAAUACUAGCCUAGUGACUUAACUGGUUUCACCUCUGUUUGGUUUAAAUGGAGAAUGGAAAUGUGGAAAGCUCUGCUGGUGGCAAGUGCAUGCAGAGGGCUUCCUUUAAGCAUACCUUUCAGGAUCUGAGGGUAAUCAACUGCCAUUUUGGGCCGCACCUUUUCUCCAAAGGACAAAAACUAGUGGGCUUUUCACACACAGUACAUUGUGUGGUUUGACCUUGUACAGGACAAAUAUUUUCCUUUUCUUUUGGUUUAAGUGAACUUCCUGUGCGAUCCUGAUCGUAAUAUUCUGUGAGAGUAUUUACUUCAAUUGGACCAUCAAAUUAAUGAAUUGUCUUAAAUGGAGCCAUUAGGCUCUCCAGGUUUGAUGGAAACUUAUUGGUUUCUAUUAUUCAGUAUGUAACCUAUUGAAUCCUUAAGCCUCAAGCUUAAGUAAUAAAAGUAGGAGUGACUUGGUUUGAGAAUAAAACAACAUGCGGCUGUAUUUUUCUAUAAUUUAAAAUAGGAAAUGUUUUCCCUAUUGGGUUAAUUAUUAGACAUGCGAUUAAACAUGAUAUUAAAUCGU